UUUGACGAUAACUUCAUUCCAUUCCAAUCUAAACCUCUUCAGUUCUUUCGCUCAUACAAGUGUUUUCUUUAUAAGAGGUUGUUCCAGCUUUUAUCUUGUUCUCUCCUUAUUAUUGGCAUCGUCCAAGAAGAAUACUCCGUAGUCUUGACUUUCUGGAAAAAGAAGACUGCAAACAUAUCCACAUUCGCGAAGAUGUCAUACAACCCCAGCAUCCGCCUCACCUCAGGCGAGCACGUCGAAAUCGUCGACCGCACGCAUCUCCCCUUCCACCGCAUCGGCCGCCUCGGCAUGGGCGCCAGCGCCCAAGUCGAAGUCGUCGAAGAGCCCACCACACGCCGACGCUACGCGCACAAAAUCUUCACCCCCUACUACGGCCACACCCUCGAACGCUUCAAGAAAGAAGUGCAAAACGAAAUCGCAAUCAUCAAGCGUCUCCGCGGACAUCCACACAUCGUCAACGUGGAAUGGUCGUACGCGUGCGGCCGCGAGCUCGGGAUCCUUCUCACGCCCGUUGCCAGCGAUGGCGAUCUCAGCGCGUACUUGUAUGAGAUACGGGUUCCUCAGGAUGGCGGUAGCAAUGGAAAUGGUGGUGUUUCGUCUGCUACACGAGAGCAGAGAGCUGUUCUUGUGAAGGCUUUUGGGUGUCUUGCUAGUGGGCUUGCGUUCAUGCAUGGUUUGAAGAUCCGCCACAAGGAUAUAAAACCUAGUAAUAUUCUUGUGCAUAACGGUCAUAUGGUAUAUACGGAUUUCGGCAUCGCGAAGGACUUGGUGGGGAUGAAUACCAUGACGAGCGGGAAGCCGGGAGGUUUCACGGACCGAUAUUGUCCUCCCGAAGUCGCGGAGUGGGAUCCGAGGAAUCGGAAGUCUGAUGUGUUUUCCUUGGGGUGUGUGUUUAUUGAGAUCAUGGCGGUUUUGUUCUCGGACGCGAGGGAGUUGGCAGAGGAUCGUACGCCUUAUCGGAAACGCCUUCAGGAUGUGCAGGGGACUUUGAUCCAGUGCAGUGUUGCCGAUUUUGAUCUUCGUCAAUUGUUUGUCGUUAUUUUGGGUAUGGUUGAGGAGAUGAGUGAGGACAGAGUUGGAGCUACCGAUCUGGUGGACUGCUUGAUGGAUCUGAAGAUGCCUUGCGCGGAGUCACUGUUCUGCAGACAAUGCGGCGGUACCUGA